AUGCCUCGAAAGGCAUUAGAUUCCCGGAUUCCGGCGCUGAUUCGAAAUGGAGUGCAGGAGAAGAAACGGAGCUUCUUCGUCGUCGUGGGGGACCGCGCCAAAGAUGUGAUUGUCCAUCUUCACUAUAUCAUGUCCAGUGUCGACGUCAAACAGAAUAAAUCGGUGCUCUGGGCGUAUAAAAAGGAUCUGCUGGGAUUCACAAGCCAUCGGAAGAAACGCGAAGCGAAAAUAAAGAAGGAUAUCAAGCGAGGCAUCCGGGACCCGAACACCGAAGACCCCUUCGAGCUAUUUGUCACCUUGAAUCAGAUCCGCUAUGUGUACUAUAAGGAAACAGACAAGAUCCUUGGAAAUACCUACGGGAUGUGUAUAUUGCAGGACUUUGAAGCGCUGACGCCAAACCUGCUUGCACGAACGAUUGAGACCGUCGAAGGAGGCGGGCUGGUGGUUUUACUCCUGAAAGGAAUGAAAAGCUUGAAACAGCUCUACACACUGUCGAUGGACAUACAUUCGAGGUACCGGACGGAGGCGCAUGACGACGUGGUCGCACGGUUCAACGAGCGUUUCAUCUUGUCUCUUGGAAGCUGCAGCACAUGUCUUGUGGUGGAUGAUGAGCUCAAUGUUUUGCCCAUUUCGGGCGGGAAGGAUGUGAAGCCCCUUCCCCCGGCAGACUCGACGGACGAUUCGAAUUCGCCUGCAAGCAAAGAGCUCCUAUCGAUAAAGGAUAAACUCGCAGAUACGCAACCUGUUGGGUCUUUGAUAACGUUGGCUAAAACGGUCGACCAAGCGAAAGCUCUCCUUACGUUCGUUGACGCCAUUGCGGAAAAAACAUUGCGCAGUACGGUCACCCUGACAGCGGCUCGUGGUCGGGGGAAAUCUGCCGCCCUUGGUGUUGCAAUUGCAGCGGCCGUUGCUCAUGGCUAUAGUAACAUCUUCAUCACGUCUCCAAGCCCAGAAAAUUUGAAGACCUUGUUUGAUUUCAUUUUUAAAGGAUUUGAUGCAUUGGGUUAUUUGGACCAUGUUGAUUAUACUAUCCUCCAGUCAACCAACCCUGAUUUUAAUAAAGCCAUUGUUCGAGUGAAUAUACAUCGGCAGCAUCGGCAAACAAUCCAAUAUAUCCAGCCACAAGAUGCUUUUGCCCUUGGACAAGCCGAAUUGUUGGUUAUCGACGAGGCUGCUGCAAUCCCGCUACCGCUGGUCCGGAAAUUGAUGGGGCCAUACUUAGUAUUCAUGGCGUCUACUAUUAACGGUUAUGAAGGCACCGGAAGAUCUUUAUCUCUCAAACUCAUCCAGCAAUUGCGUGAACAAUCCAGAGGCGGAAUAAAAUCGGGGAAAGAUGAUACAGACCUUGCUGAUCGAUCCACUGGAAAGUCGGUGAAAAAGUCAGAGGGUCAGUAUAUGGGCGGGAGAUCGCUCAGAGAGAUAACGCUAUCUGAACCCAUUAGAUAUGCUCAAGGAGACGCUGUUGAGAAAUGGCUCAAUAAAGUCCUUUGCCUCGAUGCCACGCUUCCGAGGUCUAAAUUGAAUACGCAAGGUUGCCCGCACCCAUCCCAGUGCGAAUUACUUUAUGUGAACCGAGAUACCCUGUUUUCCUUUCAUCCCGUCUCUGAAAAGUUCCUUCAACAAAUGAUGGCGCUUUAUGUCGCGAGCCAUUACAAAAAUACACCUAAUGAUCUCCAACUGAUGAGUGAUGCUCCGGCUCAUCAGCUCUUCGUUCUCGUGCCUCCCGUUGACGAGAACUCCUCCAAAUUGCCAGAACCUCUAUGCGUUAUUCAGGUGGCGCUGGAAGGUCAGAUUAGCAAACAAAGUGUGCUUAACGGCCUUAGUCGUGGACAAAGAGCGGGUGGAGACCUUAUUCCAUGGCUGGUAAGCCAACAAUUCCAGGAUGAGGAAUUCGCCGGGUUGUCAGGGGCUAGAGUCGUUCGUAUCGCGACAAAUCCUGAUUACCUUAACAUGGGUUAUGGGUCUCGCGCUCUUGAGCUCCUGGUUGAUUUUUAUGAAGGCAAAUUUGCUAGCCUAUCUGAAGAUGACAAGCUAGUCUCUGAUGAGAUGGUUAGAGUCACAGAUGCUGAAUUGGAAAACGCCAACCUUCUAGAGGAUAACGUCCAUGUCCGGGAUAUUCGCUCCAUGCCACCCCUAUUCGGGAAACUUUCUGAACGGAAACCAGAUUCUCUCGAUUACGUUGGCGUGAGUUAUGGAUUAACAGCGCCUCUUCAUAAGUUCUGGAAACGCGCCAGCUUCGCUCCAGUAUAUCUCAGACAAACACCAAACGACCUAACCGGCGAACACUCGUGCGUCAUGCUGCGAACUCUCUUAACUGGUGCAAAUGAGACCUCGUGGCUUAGCGCCUAUGUCAGCGAUUUCCACAAGCGUUUCCUAGCCCUUCUCUCCUAUCAAUUCCGCGACUUCCCCUCUGUUCUCUCCCUCAGCAUCGGCGAGUCAGCCAACGCGAUCUCUAAGGCCGAGCCAUCUGUUAAACCCGUUCCCCUAUCCAAACCAGAUCUUGAUGCUUCCUUUUCUCCCUUCGACCUCAAACGACUUGACAGCUAUGCAAACAACCUUCUCGAUUAUCACGUCAUCCUCGACAUGGUUCCUACCAUUGCGUCCUUCUUUUUCUCCGGCCGCCUAUCCCCUUCCGUCAACCUCUCUGGUGUUCAGCAGUCAAUUCUCCUCGCCAUCGGCCUUCAACGCAAAACUUUCGACGAUGUCGAGAAGGAGCUUAAUGUCGCAGCGUCUCAGUUGAUGGCAAUGUUCAUCAAGAUUAUUAGAAAGGUAUCCACGCAUUUCCGCUCGCUUGUUGAAGGUGCCGUUGCGGAAACGUUGCCACCUGCGGACCUCGGCGUAACUACACAAGAUGCUACGGGGGUCCAUGAAGAUGAAAUUAUCGACCAGCGAUUCAAACCGCUUGAAGUGGGAUUGGAGCAAGAACUCAAAGAAGGUGGUCAAGAAAUCGAUAAAGAGCUUAAAGAAAAGCAACGUGCUCUUAUCGAUGCCUUGCCUCUAGACCAUUUUAUCUCGACACGCAAUGUGCUCACCUUUCCCCCUCCUUUCACAGAUAUGAAAUCGACAAUGGUGCCGCCGCUUGGGACGAUGCAGAGAAGCAAGUUCGGUCUUCGAUAA